CCGCCUGCCUCUGCCUCCCGAGUGCUGGGAUUAAAGGCGUGCGCCACCACCGCCCGGCUACUAAAAGCUUUCUUAAGAACACUGACCUUCCAGAGGACCCAGGUUCGGUUCCCAGCACUCAGGAAGCAACUCACAACUGUUUAUUACUCCAGUUCCAGGGCAUCAAAAGCCCUCUCCUGGCAUCCACAUGCACCAGGCACAAAUAUGGUGCACAGACGUGCAUGCAUGUGUAAACAACCGUACACAUAGAAUAAACAUCUUAAAGACCCAAACAACAACACAAAUCAGCUGUCAUGAUAGCUCAGCAGGUACUGUGACCUGACUCAUCUCCAGGGCCACGUUGGGGGAGGACAGCACUGACUCCUGAGUUGUCUCCAUUCGGGUCCAUUUGGGACUGAGGCAUAGACUUGGAGCUGGUGCAUGGAGGGCCUGCAUAUAAAGGUGGCAGGGGCAAGUGCAGGUGCCACUUCUUCCAGCUGUUGCUGUGGGGGCCGCUGCCGAUCACAGACCUCGGCCUGAGGUGACAGAAGUCCAAGCCAGUUUGCUGUGGCUAAUGGAUAAUGACAGUGGGAGUGGAAACAUCCACGGACCACUUAGCUGUCUUUGAAAGGGGAGGACCAUGUUACUCCACUGAUUGUAGGUGUGUGCCACCACUGCCCGGCUUGAACGAGCCUUCACCAUUGGAGGGUUUUCCAUGACACUGGCUGCCUGCUUUGGGGGCACUGAACCGUUUUUGGCUGGGAUUGAAGGAAACACAGAACAUGGCCUGGGACAAACCAAGAAAUAUACAGAUUUUGAAUAUGGUAACUAGGCAAGAGGCACCUUGGACUAAUUUCUAAGGUUCUCUCUCUGGCUUUGCUCAUAGUGCAUUUGGUGUUACCAUAGAGAAAACACAAGAUGCAGUUGAUGACCUUACACAGGAGUAUGCAGAACCAUGACUGGGAUGCUGUGUACAUGUACAGUGGUCUUCCAGGAAUGGCAAGCGGUAGCCUGGCAGAACUAGCGUAAGCCUGGCAAACUAGUCUUUAGAGCUCUUAAAAAGUUACUGACCUGGGACCUAGACAGCCCUCUACUCCCCUACCCAUGUUCUGAUACUAAUAGGUUUUACUUCAUGUGCCAGGAUUGUUUGCGAGGAAGGUUGUGUAUUUGCACCACGUGCACCACGUGACUAAGGACGCAAGAGCCUUAGGGCAUCAGAUCCCCGGGAAGUGUAGUAACAGGAAGUUGUGAGUUACCACGUGGGUGCUGGGAAACGAAUUGUGAUCCUCUGCAAGAGCAGCAAGUGCCCUGAACCUCUGAGCCGUUUCUCCAGACCCUCAGUGUGGUUUCUUGAAGUCUGGGAUGGAAAGAACCCACGAUAUCCACUAGGAGUAGGGAGCUGAAAAAGCAAACAAGGCCUGGUGGGCAGGGCGAGGAUCGGAGAGCUGGCGCUCUUGCACUGGGCCAAUCAUGGAACGCUGUUGGCCGAUUGGUGGUUGCCAUGGCUACUGGUACUUUCGCUAGACUUGUAGAAGCAGACUCUCUUGACCUAGACCAAUCACGACAUGCCUAACACCGAUUGGUGGUUGCCAUGACUGCGGGCUCUCAGCUUGGCAAUAUGGCGUCGGCUGGGCGGCGAAGACUGCCGCUUUUUCUCCUCUGGAAUAUUGGGGGCUUGUGAAUCAGACGCAUCCUCGGGAUGGGUUCUCUGUCGCUACUCGGCCUCCUUUGGGGAUUUUUCCUGCUCCAGGACGUCCUGAAACCGCUGCGUGGGGACCCGGUUUUUAUCCCAUCUUUCAUACGAAUGUCCAGCCCUGAAGUCAGCGCAUCCCUUGUCGGAGGCAGUGAGGAUGUCACCGUCUCUCUGAUUCCGCUGCAGAUCGAGAAAGGAGUGUUGCCAGUUCCUACUUGUGGUGGUCUCAGCAAUGAGACAGGAGAUUGGAAUGUGACUGUGAGCCCCGGUGUGAACGCGCUGGAAGUGACGGUCCGGUGGAAGAGGGGCCUGGACUGGUGCUCCUCAAACGAGACUGCAUCCUUCUCGGAGCUUCCUUGCCUCUUGCAGACGCUGCUGGUUUCAGCAUCCCACAAUGCAUCCUGUUUAGCACAUCUGCUCAUUCAGGUGGAGAUUUAUCCCAAUGCGUCUGUGACCCACAAUGCAUCAGAUAACAUGACCGUCAUUCCUAACCAAGUCUACCAGCCUCUGGGUCCCUGUCCUUGCGACUUGACAGCCAAGGCCUGUGACAUUCGCUGCUGCUGUGACCAAGACUGCCAGCCGGAAGUAAAGGAGCUGUUCCAGCAGUCCUGCUUCUCCGGUGUGUUUGGAGGGGACGUCAACCCUCCCUUCGACCAGCGCUGUGCUGUGGGCACCACUCAUGAGACCCUGGACUGGUUUCCUUUCCUGUGUGUGCAGUCACCCCCCUCCACCUCGCCUUUCCUCGGUUACUUCUAUCAUGGUGCCAUUUCCCCUAGACAUGACCCCGCCUUUGAAGCCCAUCUGCACCUUGACCUGAGAGACUUUGCUGAUGCUGGCUACAAACAAGGAGAUCCCAUCAUGACCACAAUGGGGUAUUUUACUGUCCCUCAGGUCUCCCUGGCUGGACAGUGUCUGCAGGAUGCUCCAGUGGCUUUCCUGAGGAAUUUUGAUAUUAAAUGUACCAUCAAUCUGGAAGCACACCAAGAACGAGAUGGCACUGUCCCUGAGAAUGUGAAGAUUCGCACGGCGGGAGGUCUGGUCACACCAAGAGUAAGCUAUGAGCAAGCUGCUGACCUGGACAAACGCAUCUCCAGUCCAGACACACUUCAGAACAGUGGAUCUGCCUCCAGAAAUGUGAGCGUUGAAGAGCAUUACGUUUUCAGAUGGCAAAAUAAUUCUGUCAGCGGACUAGACAUCACAGUCAUCAGGGCAGAGAUCAGUGCCCACCAGAAAGGAACAAUGGCCCAAAGAUUCACAGUGAAGUUUUUAAACCAUGACAGUGGUGAUGAGAAGGAAUCUUCUGGAAACCCAGGUUACCAGCUUGGCAAGCCUGUCCGAGCCCUGCAUACCGAUGGGAUGAAUGUCACUGCGUUGCACCUCUGGCAGCCAGCUGGAAGGGGCUUGUGCACAUCAGCCGCUCUCAGACCCAUUUUAUUUGGAGAGAAUGUACUUGCCGGCUGCCUUUUGGAGGUUGGGAUUAAUGAGAACUGUACGCAGCUCCGGGAGAACGUCCUCCAGAGGCUGGAUUUGCUGAUACAAGCAACUCAUGUCGCAAGGAGAGGCAACUCGGAUUACAGCGAUCCGAGUGAUGGCUGGCUGGAGAUCAUUCGUGCUGACGCCCCUGAGACAGGUGCUGACCUGCCCCUGAGCAGCGCAAAUGGCAUCUGCCUAGAAGUUCCUGCCCAGCUCACCAUCCGCAUCCUCUUUGCCGAAGCUGGUUCUGUGGAAGGGGUGGCUCAGCAUGAGAUCCUCGGCGUGGAGACGAGGGUCUCCACAGUGACCUGGCAGUACCAGUGUGGGCUCACCUGUGAGGACAAGGCCGCUCUUCUCCCUCUCAGUGCUUCCGUUCAGUUCAUUAAAAUCCCUGCGCAGAUGCCCCGCCCUCCAACGAGAUUCCAGAUCAGCUUCACAGAGUAUGACUGUACCCGGAAUGAGCUGUGCUGGCCUCAACUUCUGUAUCCUCUGACCCAAUAUUACCAAGGAGAGCCUCGUUCCCAGUGUGUCGCCAAAGGCCUAAUGCUGCUGUCGCUCCUGCUGCUGGCCACACUCGUCAGCCAUCCUUGGAUGAGACCGUGCAGAGGCCGGUGCUCGGCUCCCAUCUCCUGCUGAGUUUGCUCGAGGACUCAGAGCAUGCACUCAGUGGCUCCCUGUAGGCCGGUGUGCCUCUCUGAAACCUUUUGUUUGAGACAGGGUCUCACUAUGUAGCCCAGGCUGCCCUCUUAGUACACUGGGAUCUUCCUGCCUCUGCCUCCAGAGUGCCGGGACUGAAGGUGUGCACCACCAUGCCUAGCCUCCCUGAAACAUUUUAAUAAACAAAAUGUCUAUUUUUAUAGAAAUUCUUGGUGUUAAGUGAAUUUAAGUCAAUUAUCCAGAUAUUCAGAGUUGCACAGAGUGAUCCUUCUUGCUGCCGGCUGGCUUCAGGGGAGCUGCUAGUGUCCCUGAAUGUCAGAGACCUAAGCCUAGCACGAAUUCCUAAUCACAGGAUUUUUGGUUUUGACCAUACUUAAUGCAAGCAUAUAAGAAUUAAGAAAG